UUCCCUCAAACAAACAAACAACAACAAAAAAAUCCCUAAACCCUAAAAUCGCCUAACAUUCUUCCCCCGAAAACCCCUAUUUUUCUUUCAAUGCCCUAAAAUCAAAACCCAUUUUCCAAUUUUAAACAUCUGAUUCAAAAAUGGAUCCACCCCUUUUCAAAGAAGACCAAACCCACAAGACCCUAUUAAAAUCAGAAACUGAUAAGCAAAUUUCAUCAUUAAAAAACCCAGCUUUACCUUCUGCAAUAUCAAAGCUUUCUGGGUCUUCAAGAGGUAUUCCAUGCAAUAAAGAUUUUCAUUUCUACUUUAACUUUCCAGAAUUCAAAGACCCAGUUGAAGAAAUGGCCCAAAAUUCACAAUCUUUACUUGAAACAAUUGGGUCAUCUGCAGAAAAAAUAUGGACUAAUAAGAAUAUGAAGUUUCCUAAUAUUAAUGAUGAAAUUGAUGAUGAAGCUUAUGAUUGGUUAGUUAAUCUGAAUGAUGAUUUGUUUGAAAGAUUUGAUACUUCUGUUGAUGAGUUUAAAAUGAUUAGGGAUAAAGAAGAGGAAAGUGGUGUUAGGGUUAUGAAUUUAGUCGAUAAAAAUGACGACGGGUUUCAGUUAGUUCAAGGAAAGAAAAAGAAAGAUUUGUUGGUUAAGAAUAGUAAUGCAGUUAAUACGAGUAGUAGCGGUGUGGGUUCGGGUAAUUUGUCAUCAGUGAAAGUUGCUAGUAGAGAUGGUAAUGCAAUGGGGACCCCAAAGCCAAAAGUUCCGUUUCAUAUUGCAUCGAUAAGGCGACCACAAGAUGAGUAUAAGAUACUGGUUAAUAAUUCUAAUCAACCGUUUGAACAUGUUUGGUUGGAGAAAAGUGAGGAUGGGUCCAAAGUUAUACACCCGUUGGAGAAACUUUCGGUCAUGAAUUUCAUUGAUAAGACAGUAAGUGAUGUAGAGCCUGUCAAACCUGCUCCAGUUGAAAGUACAUCAUUCAAGCAUGUAAAAGAUUUAAAAGAUUUGAAGGAGCUAGCUGCUAAAUUGCACGACGCCAGUGAAUUUGCGGUUGAUUUAGAACACAAUCAGUAUCGGUCUUAUCAAGGGUUGACCUGCUUAAUGCAAAUAUCUACAAGAACAGAAGAUUUUAUAGUAGACACAUUGAAAUUGCGGGUUCAAAUCGGUCCAUAUCUGCGAGAUGUUUUCAAAGAUCCUACCAAAAGAAAGGUUAUGCAUGGAGCAGAUCGGGAUAUUAUAUGGCUGCAACGUGACUUUGGCAUAUAUGUUUGCAACAUGUUUGACACUGGACAGGCCUCGAAGGUGUUAAAAUUGGAGAGAAAUUCUCUAGAGUACCUAUUGCGGUACUUUUGUGAGGUUGCUGCAAAUAAAGAAUACCAAAAUGCAGACUGGCGGUUGCGGCCACUGACUGAUGAAAUGCUGAGAUAUGCCAGAGAAGAUACACAUUAUCUUUUGUACAUAUACGAUCUUAUGAAAAGAAGGUUGCUUUCAUCAUCAACAGAUCCAGAAUGCCCUGAAGCACCACUUGUGGAGGUAUACCAACGCAGUGCUGAUAUAUGUAUGCAGCUCUACCAGAAAGAUAUUAUAUCUGAGAACUCGUAUCUAAGCAUAUAUGGGCUUCAUGCCGCUGAUCUCAGUGCUCAGCAACUUGCCAUUGUUGCAGGACUUUGUGAGUGGAGGGAUGUUAUUGCCCGUACUGAAGAUGAAAGUACUGGUUUUAUAUUACCAAACAAAUUUCUUAUUGAAAUUGCAAAGCAAAUGCCAGUGACAUCUGCAAAAUUGCGUCACUUGUUGAAGUCGAGGUACCCGUAUAUUGAACGCAACCUCGGUGCUGUAAUUGGCAUUAUAAGGCAUUCCAUGCAAAAUGCAACUGCAUUUGAAUCUGUGGCCAAGAAACUGAAGGAAGAGUACAUUGAAAUGAUGGCUGCAAGAAAUGCUAAACAUGCGAAUGGCGAAGAAGCAUCAGAAGUUGCUGGAAGUGAAAGUAUCAGUAAUACUGCAGAAGAAGACACUUUCGACAAAGAAGUUGGAAACUUUAUUGCUGGAGCAAACCAAAACAAUAAAUUUGAUGGCUCUUCAACUCCCAGAGUAAGCAUUCAAGUACAGAAAAAGCCAAGUGGUGCCUUUGGAGCCAUGUUUGGAAAUCCAUCAGGGAAAAGGAAGUUCAAUCCUGAAUCAAAGGCAACAGAGGUGAUUAAGGUUGAACAGAUCAAGUCUUCUGUGGCUCUCCCAUUUCACUCUUUCACUGGUAGAACGGAGCCUUCACAUCAUGUUGUGAACAAACCUGAUAAACCUCAAGAAAAUCCGGUUUUGCCGUCAGGCACGACGUCUGAACCAGAAGCGGACAUUAUUUUGCUGGAAUCUGAUUCUGAUGUUGAGGGCGCUAAACCUGAAGGUGCUGCUACUGACGAGGACACUAAGUUAGAAGGUGCUACCAGUGAUGAGGAUGCUAAGCCAGAGGGUGCUGCCAAUGAUGAGGCCAGUGAGCAGAAAAUGGAAGAUGAAAACAAUGUGAUAUUGUUGGAUUCUGAAUCUGCGUCUGAUGAAGAAAAUGAUGGAGAAGAAGGGCCAAUGUCAUUGUCAGACCUUUCUUCGAGCUUUCAAAAGUGUGUUCAGACUGCUGAUGAGAAGAAAAAUUCAAACCAGGGAGUCGAGGGUGGUUCAGGACUAGUAAAGGUGACACCAUUUGAUUAUGCAGCGGCUAGGAAAGAAGUGAGGUUCGGGGAAGAUGGUUCAGACGAGUCUGCUGGGGAAGAUGGCAACGAUAAUGCGAUCAAGGUUAGGCGUGAAAAAAAGAAGUCGGCUGCUACUGGUGGCCGGAAGGAUGCCGCUGGCGAAAGGAGUGGAGAUUUCCAGUUGGGUAAACGACGUCAAGCAUUUCCAGCAACCGGUAACCGGAGUUCAACUUUCCGGUGAAGGUUGCAAGGGCAGAUUCUCAUGUUGUCUAGUUUUUAGGUAGAAACCAUCUGUGAACUUUCACCAAAGAAAACUUGAUGGGGAAAAGGAAAACCAAAUAUUCAAAAUCAUUCAAAUUAAGUUUUGGUGGGAUUACUGUGUUUAA